AGUGGUGAAGUUUUGUUAUAAAAUAGUUAAGAUUCUUGAAUAAGAAAUGGAGAUUUGAGGAGGUAUGUCACCCAAAUGUUUUUACGCCAUUCUCAUUUUGUAAUUUCUGGUGUUCUUGAUGUCUUAAAUCGUUCUUUCAUUCAUUCUGGGUUCUUAUUAUUCGUUUAUCAGUUAGGUUAUGCUACAAAUUUAACAACUAAUAUAGAAAAAUCGCCGAAUCUAAUGAAUGAGGUUAUUAAGGUUGGGAUAACAUGUGAUAAUCAAGCAGAAAAUACUGUAGAGAGCCUCAGAGAUACUCUAAACUCUUUUUCAGAAGAGGCCAAUGACUCUACUCGAAGAAUAGGUAUCCUGAGCAAGACCAGAGGUAUGAGAUUGACCAACAAAAGAUUUUACAGCAAAGGAGACUCCUCAAGAAAGGAUAACUGGAGUAAAUUUGAUUCAGACCCAAGCAACCAGAUUUCCAUUCGCUUAUCAAAAUUUAAGAAGAGGAGGGAACCUAAUAAGAUAAAGAUGAUGACAAAGCUCCAUAUCAGAGAGAUUCCUCUGGAUUUGAGCAAGAGAAGAACCAGGAAUAAACUUACUGGAGAGAAACGAGUCAAGAUGAAAAAGAUCAAUCGACAUAAGGAUAUCAAUGAAACUUUGAAAAGAUUGUUUCAUCUUGAUCGUACUGAGCUUGAGGGAGAUGAAGUGACUAAGGAUACAGCUACAAAUACAGUCAAAUCAAGGAAGGCGAAGAAUAAGAAACAACAGAAAAGAAAAAUGAAAAUUUUCAGAAUAAAGAAGACUAAAGCUUCUUUGCCACAAACAAAUAUCACAAAAUCAUGUUUCUUCAGUAACACACUCACAAAAGCCGAUAAAAACAAUCUAAACCCUCUAAAAUCCCCUCUAAAACUCAUAAAUUUCAAAUUCCAAAAAACCCAAAACCCCAAAGAUCCUAAAUCCACCCUCCAGUACCCCUCAGGCCCCUCCAAAGCACCCCUCAGGGGCCUCUCACACCCUCUAUCCCACCCAGCUUCCCCAAAUCCCUGCUUGACCCCCUUCCAAAACUCAAUGUCCCCUCUCAGGCCACUUAGACAGGCCAUUUACUCCAAAACCCCCAGUUCUCAUACCUCUAUGUACUAUAAGAGGCCAAAGCAGGCUGUUAAUUUGUCGAUUUGAAAUAGUCUAAAGGCUAGUUUUCAUAUUUAG